AUGGACAAGAGAAAGAAAACUAAAGGGAAAACUUGGAACAAGCUCCAUGACACUCAGCUAGAGGAGCUCUUCAAGCGAGGAAAGAAGAACGGUGGUGUCUGCUCUACAGACCUUUCCAACAACUACAUUGACCAGGUCAUCAGAGAGCACUUCCCAUUCAAGAUCGGAAAGGAGUCUGGAUUCUAUCAGACUUACCGCCGCAAAGCUAGGGCAUUUCAACUCAACAAGACUCUUUCAGCCGGUCGUCGAAAGGGAAAACCUCCUCCAGAGGACGACGAGAGAAAACCAGCUGCCACAGGUGACGACUCGGACGAGGAACCAUCGGAACCAGCGCCAGCACCUGUAGUGGAAGAGCCAGCGGACGACAACCCCCAGGACGACAGUACCACCACCUUUAUUGCAAGCGGAAUCAAGAAGAUGACAACCGAUUUAUCCACCAACAGCAUGGAGAUUUGGUUUCCUUGGCUCAUGUACACUUGGAUGGCCGGCAAUGAGCAUCGUAUCACCCUUGACUUUAUUGUUCUUGCUUUGCCGGAGAGCUUCUAUCGUCCAUCUGUUGCUGAAGGUGGCAACCAGUUUCGGUUGUCUACCAUCAUUCCAGAAUUGUUCGUUGGAACUGGCCGUGUCAAGAUGUCCAACAGGCAACGUGACAGGAAGUUCAACAAUAGGAGUGCCAAGAUGGUUGCAUUCAACAAGUCUGCAGGGGAGGUCACCGACAAGUUGGAGCGUGGAGAUCCCAUUGUUGCUGACAAUGCUCAGGUUGUGCAACUUCCUUUUGAAGUGGAGAGUCAGAUCCGUCGUUGGAAGCUUGAAACCUUUGAGUUUGAGAAUGAUGAGUUGACACAGUUGAUGGAGGGAGUUCACCAGAGUGUGUUUAUUCUCACUGUGGAGCUUGUUGGAGUCAAGCGGAUUGCCAAGAAGCACAGUGCUGGUGCCAUGAAUAGAUUUGGUUCCCCCACUCGUGCUGAGGAUUCUGAUGACGAUAAUAGUGAUGCAAGCGAAGAUGGUGAUGAUGAUGGUGGUGGUGGUGAACGUGAUAAUAUGGAUGAGCACUGA